UUGACGUGCAUCACCCUCGGAGCUUAGCAGCCCCGUGAGUUCUGUGGUUGGAAGUUCCCCGAGCCCCGUGAGGGGCUGAGGCAGGUCCACCCGCCAGGGAGCAUCGCUGCGGCUGACUUUCUGCGGCGGAGCCCGGAAUUCAUCUUACAAAUAAAAUGACGACCUCCUGGAGUGAUCGCCUACAGAAUGCAGCAGAUGUGCCUGCUAACAUGGAUAAGCAUGCCUUGAAAAAGUACCGUCGGGAAGCCUAUCACCGGGUGUUUGUGAACCGAAGUUUAGCCAUGGAAAAAAUAAAGUGUUUUGGUUUUGAUAUGGAUUAUACCCUUGCUGUGUACAAGUCUCCAGAGUAUGAGUCCCUCGGCUUCGAGCUCACUGUGGAGAGGUUAGUCUCCAUUGGCUACCCUCAGGAGCUGCUCAGCUUUGCCUAUGACUCUACAUUCCCUACCAGAGGACUUGUCUUUGACACACUCUAUGGAAAUCUUUUGAAAGUUGAUGCCUAUGGAAACCUCUUGGUUUGCGCACAUGGAUUUAACUUCAUAAGAGGACCGGAAACUAGAGAGCAGUAUCCAAAUAAAUUUAUCCAGCGAGACGACACGGAGCGGUUUUACAUCCUGAACACACUAUUCAACCUCCCAGAGACCUACCUGUUGGCCUGCCUAGUAGAUUUUUUUACUAAUUGUCCCAGAUAUACCAGUUGUGACACAGGAUUUAAAGAUGGCGACCUCUUCAUGUCCUACAGAAGUAUGUUCCAGGACGUACGAGAUGCGGUGGACUGGGUCCAUUACAAGGGCUCCCUUAAGGAAAAGACAGUUGAAAAUCUUGAGAAGUAUGUCGUCAAAGAUGGCAAGCUGCCAUUGCUCCUGAGCCGAAUGAAGGAAGUGGGGAAAGUGUUUCUUGCCACUAACAGUGACUACAAAUACACAGAUAAAAUCAUGACUUACCUGUUUGAUUUCCCACAUGGCCCCAAGCCGGGGAGCUCCCAUCGGCCGUGGCAGUCUUACUUUGAUCUGAUUUUGGUGGAUGCACGGAAACCACUCUUUUUUGGAGAAGGCACGGUACUGCGUCAGGUGGACACUAAAACUGGAAAACUGAAAAUCGGCACCUACACGGGCCCCCUGCAGCACGGCAUCGUCUACUCAGGAGGUUCAUCUGAUACAAUCUGUGACCUGUUGGGAGCUAAGGGCAAAGACAUUUUGUAUAUUGGAGAUCACAUUUUUGGAGACAUUCUGAAGUCAAAGAAACGGCAAGGGUGGAGAACUUUCUUGGUGAUUCCUGAGCUUGCCCAGGAGCUGCACGUUUGGACUGACAAAAGUUCACUUUUUGAAGAACUUCAAAGCUUGGAUAUUUUCUUGGCUGAACUCUACAAGCACCUGGACAGCAGUAGCAACGAGCGCCCGGACAUUAGUUCCAUCCAGAGACGGAUUAAGAAAGUAACUCAUGACAUGGACAUGUGCUAUGGGAUGAUGGGAAGCCUGUUCCGUAGCGGCUCCCGGCAGACUCUCUUUGCCAGCCAGGUGAUGCGCUACGCCGAUCUCUAUGCAGCGUCGUUCAUCAACCUGCUCUAUUACCCAUUCAGCUACCUCUUCAGAGCUGCCCAUGUCCUGAUGCCGCACGAGUCAACGGUGGAGCACACACAUGUGGAUAUCAAUGAGAUGGAGUCCCCUCUUGCCACGCGCAACCGCACGUCAGUGGAUUUCAAAGACACUGACUAUAAGCGACACCAGCUUACGAGGUCCAUUAGCGAGAUCAAGCCCCCCAACCUUUUCCCACUGGCUCCCCAGGAGAUCACACACUGCCAUGAUGAAGAUGAUGAUGAGGAAGAGGAAGAGGAAGAAUAAGAAGGCAGACUAGAAACCCUGAGCACCCAUCAAGUCUGACGGACUCACGGGGCAAGGGGCGGCCUUGUUUGGAUUCUGUUAGGGAGGGUGGGAGGACUCCAUCAGAAGUCCUGGAAAGUUUGGAAAGUUUCCGAAGGCUUUAAAUAAUUCUAAUCAUAGCUACUUCA